AUGGGCAUAGCUGAACAACAGCUAUGGCAGAAGUCCGGCCAGAGCGUCUCGGUUAGGGCGCCCUCCCACGGCGCCGGACAGCGUCCCCAGGUUCAGUGCCGAGGGGUGGCCGAGCGCUCUGACUGGUUCACGGUCUCCUUUUCUCUUGUAGGCGAUCGGGAGGCGCUGGCAGUGAAGCCGGGCGUGUUCGGGAGCCGAGCGGGUUUUCGGGAGCCUGGACGCGCCGCCGCGGCCCCGCGGCCGCCCACCCGCACGCCGCGCCUCCCCACACCCUGUGCCAGGGCCCGGCAGCUUCCCGCCGUGCCGCCGGGACCGGAGCGCAGACUGCGCUCUCCGCCAGCCCCCCACCCUGCAGGUGCCGGCCCGGCCAGGGCAAGUCCCCACCUCCUUUCCCCAGGAGGAGCCGGGCGGCGGGUACUUAGCUCGGACCUCCGGGGCUGCUGGUUGGGACCCGCCGGGAGCCGCGCAGCGGCCGCUCCUCCAGCCGCGGGCACCGCGCGUCACGGCUGCAAAAUGGAUUCGCGGCGCCGACGGACCCCGCCCCGACGCCCUCCUCCCCCGGCACCUCGGGCCGCCUCCCGGCCGAGCCUCGCCUUUGUUCCGCCUCCCGGGUCUCUCCUUUCCCGGGGGAGGGAGUGGGUGAGGGGAGGAGAAGGGAGCGAGAGGAGGCGGGAGCACUUCCGGUAUCGCCAACCGCCGCCGCCAGCGGUGCGCCCGGGAGACGGGAGGCUCUGGGGCUGCGCGCCUCUCUGCCUUCCAGAGGGGCUGCGCGCUCCCGCGGAGCGCCGUGCCCGGGGCGCCGGGAAGGAGGCGUGGGUCGCGCGGACCCGCGGGCUUGGCCUGGCCGACCGCGGGCGACGGGAGGCGGCGUCGUCCCCGGUGGAGCCGCCUGGGAAGAACGCCGGCGCGCGACAAGAUGGUUGGGUUUGGAUUGUUGUACUUUUUUUUUUGUUCGUUGCAUUUUUAGGAACAAAAAAAAAAGCCCAACCCUUCACACCGCUUCAUCCGCAUCUCUCAGGACAAGAAGCCCGGCCACAGCGGCUUGUGGGGACGGAGACGACUGUCCGCCCCGCACCCCACAGCCCGGGGUGGGUGGGACGGGCGCCCGCGUCGCUCCAGCCAGAGCACAAUCAAAAUAGUUCACUGUUGCCCCCCAGCCCGCAGCUUGCAUCUAUAUGUUUCUUCGCAGGCAUUAGGCUGAACACUCGCUACCCAAUUCAAGGCUUUUUUUUAGGAAAAUACCACUGCCCUUUCCUUUGAAGAGAAGAAAGAACUUAAAUAUGUCUCUAAACUAUGAGCCGCUAGCCUGACUCACUGUUCUGACGUCCGGUCCCCUGUAUAGGGACCUUCUCUAGUAUCAAACGCGUUAAGCGCUUAGCAGCGAGCGGUUACGAGAAGCUUACAAAGAUGAAAGAAUGGCUUCUCCAAAACUUGCAGUCUUGGGGUUUGUUGAAACAACGACGAAAUCACAGAAUAUGCCCUGGGGUUGAGUUUGCCUCCACUUGGUGAAGUCUGCGCUUUGGAAGCAGAAUUUGGGGGAAAGGUAUUUGAGGCCUAUCAUAAACAGUACUUGGGUCCGGUGACUAGUAAUUCUUAGCUCUAAUCCCAUGAAAAGCUCCUCCGCACUCCCUUCUGAGAUGUCCAGUUCUUCACCAUGCGCGGGGUCCCUUAAACCCAGUUUUGUUUGUGUCUCCCUUAAGCCCAACUUUGCCUUUUUGGAACAGUCCCUAUGUUUAUGUCAUUUUGCCCUCAUAAGAACACUGUAGGACAGAAAUUAUGAUCGUCACCCUAUAGACGAGGAAAUGGAUGAAGUGAUUUCUCCAAGGUAAAACGCAGGAGGCAGAGGUGAGACUCUAAAGGCAGAUUCCAGAUACACAUUCUUUCUACAGCACCAUGACUGUCAGUGCCAACAAAAACUGCACCCCAGCCUCCUACUGUUAUUUAAAAAAAAAAAAAAAAAAAAAUCCAACCAAGCAAACCUGAUUUGUAGAAACAUUUUGAAUACCCUAAUAUUAAAAUGAUACAAGAAAGUUAGGUUAUUAACUCAUAAAUCAGAAAUUAUCCUUAUGUAAUUUUGUAAUACAUAUGUGUAUCAGGUUGGUGGUAGAUAUUAAUAAACUUCUGACCAACUAAAUGUAAAACAUUGGUUAAAUCUGCAUAGAAAUCUCUAGAUUGUUUAAAAAAAAUUAACUACUAAAAGAAUGUUGUAUAUUAAACUCCAAGUUUAGAGAAAUAGGAAGGGAAGAAUAACCUAUUUUACCUCCCGUGGUCCUAAUAAGACAGCCAAUCAGGGAAUCACCAUAUAUAGUGUGACUAGAAAAAGAGAGUUACUGCCGGAUUAACAGUUACAUACACAGCUACCUCCUUCCUGGAAGAGCACAAUAUAACUAGAUCCCGUUAGAGAUAACACUGAGGGAUUGUCAAAAUUCUUGUCACACUGGAAUUUCCUUCUAUUGACUGUUCUUCAAAUAACUAGACUAAGCUUAAGGUUGGAAUUCAUAUGUCAGCACAGCAGUAAGAUAUAGUCUUAUGUAAGUUUGUCUUUUGUGAAAAAUAUAUUUUUACAAGUAGAAUUUCUAAUGUUAAAUAUUUGAAAUACACACACACACACACACAUAUAUACUUGUUUUUGUGAUUUAUUUCAUGCUGUUGUUUUUGUCCUGAAGUUUGACAAAGGUAAAAUCUGCCAGCUUUCCUUCCACCUACCAAGACAUGUGAUCAGAUAUUGCAGAACAAAAGAGGCAGUGCCAGAUUUGGUGUACACUGAAAUAUGAAUUGUCAGAGUGGGGAACAUCUAAUAAUUAAGACUGGAGCAGUUACGUGCAGGCGAGGGGUGUUGGUGAGCCUCCUUGGAUAUACUGGAACAUUUCAUUACUAUUCUGUGCUUCCCUUCCCAAUAGCUGCCAAAGUCAUGAAUGCAAGCCCCAACAUUCCCCCAAUGAGAAUUCCUGGCAAUACAAGGCACUGACAUUGCAAGGUGUAGCAAAAAGAGCAGGGCAGAGACUUUGGAAUCAAUUCUGCAUCCAAACUCUAGCUCUGCCAUAUACAAGUUGUUCAACUUACUAAACAUCUCUAAGCUUCAGUUUUCUGUUCUGUAAAAUGGGGAUCAUGUUUCACUUGAUCAUGAAAAUUAGAUAACAUACAAAGCAAGCAACAUGGUAUCUGACACAUAGGAGGUACUUAAUAAGUGGUUGCUAUUGCUAUGUGGGAGAAGAAAACCAUGCUGGUUUUGAAUAACAGUUUUAGAUUUGUAAAUGUGAGGCUCAAGCACAAUAGUCUUAAGCAGAGCUAAACUGCCUGUGCAGUAGAGGAAGCUAGCACCAUAAUUUCUACUUUUUUACACCCAGCCUAGGGUGGCCUUUUAAAAGUAUGUAUCUUUCCAAUGCUGUACCUCCUUCCUUGAGCUUAGGGAAGGAGAGGAAAAGGAAAAAACAUCUCACUUAAUGAAAAGAAGGCUCUGCAGUGUUUUUUAAAGCUUCACAGUUUCAGUGAAAUUGUUGAAACAUCCAAAACAUUCCACUAAAAGAAAAAAACUACCUGUAAAAAUACAUUUAUCACAAAAGACAGAAACUUACCUAAGACUUGAUGAAAUUCAAGGAAUUAGUCCUUGGUUUGAAGAAAAUUUCAGGUUUUAUAUGUGUCAGUUGCACAGUGAGGAUCAUGCAUUAAAGGGAGCAAACAGCAGGAUCAGUUAGCUUUGGGAGAGAAUGAGAGAUGUUUAAGCAACAGUAAACUUGGCCUUUAGUUGUGCCGUUUCUUUAGAUUGAAAGAUAAAUUAUAAGAAUAAAGUAAAAUGUCAGAGGUAAUUAAGACGAUAUUAACAUAUGCUUAUAAUUAUAUACUCAGGAUUGUGCUAGGCACCAAACAUACUAAUUGAGGAAUUUCCCAUUUGGUUGAAGAGACAAGUCUUAAAAGCAUGAACUAGUUCAGUGAUAGUGGCUGUUUAAGAGACAAUGUGAGUGGUGUGGUGAAGACAAGAUCAGAGGAUGCCAUGGAAUCAUCACAAAGAUUUCACAGGGAAGGUGGGUGUCAAACAGAACACUUAAAGAUCAUGGGAUUUGAAGAUAAGAGGAAGAGGAUUGGAGGUGAGGAACAUAAGUUCAAGGUGGGAAUGAGCUUCACUGAUACUGAGUCAGUGAAGAGCAUGGCCUAGUCUGGAAAAAAGGUUUGAGGCCAAACUGGGAUGUUUUGAUCUCAGAAUAAAGAGAUGAACCUCAUUCUGUAGUAAAUAGGAAGCCAUUGAAUAAUUAUGUAUGUGGCACUAACAAGAUGAAAGCGGAGUUUUAGGAAGACUAAUUCUGAUAACAGGGUCCAAGAUUUAAGGGAGAAGAAAUUUCCUUUAUUUUAAUACUUUUGAGGUUAUUGAAAAUUAUAGAUUUUUUUAAGUGCAGUAAUGUACAUAGAAGUACAAAAUAUGUACCUAAGUUAAAUCCCAUUGAACCAUUUAAUUUCAAAUAUAUUGUUUAUUAAAGUUCUCAAUUUGUAAAUAAAAUGUAAUGUAGAAAGAAUUAACCAUGACAAUCUCCCAAAGUCCUCCAAGAGGAAAUUAUAUGUAUGUGUAUAUAUAUAUGUAUAUAUAUAUUUAUUCAA